CGUCAACUUGACAGCGAGUUUAUUUACAGAGUUCGUGAGUAAAUUGAGGAAAUAUCGAGCGAUCUGGCACGAAACGGGGUGUUGUGGGGGAAUUGAACGCGGCGCGUUGGUAUAAGUGCGGAUCUUACGUCAACCAAUGAGAAGAUAGAAGAAAUUUAGGAGCAUUUACCUUCAGCUGAAAAUUGUUCCCUUAUGUGACAUGGCGUCUGAUUGGAAAGUCAGUUUCUAGGCGGUUGAAGACACUGUUGCGCCCCCGAUUUUAUGAACGCAAACUGCGCCAGGGCUUGUCGAAAAAGCCGCCAACAUUUCCCAGCCUAUCGCAUUGAUGGUAAUGCAUGCAAGGAAAACACAACGGAUGAGCGAUGGGUACUUCGAGAAGCACCCGACCCAUCCCUAUCAGGUAAAUAUACGUUGUUGGGCCCAGCCCUGGGCCUGCUCGUCUGGGGGCGGUGUCAUCUAGUUGGGGGGCUCAGUUACUGUCUCAAACAUCACUCCCAGCUUUUAAGGGAACGAUUCUAUUAGUUUCCUUCAAUUGUCCCGUUUCAGCCUUAGAGGCGGGUCUCGCACCGAAUCAGACUCAAUUCCCCAUCAACAAUGCCCAGUUUCGGCCCCAAAAACACCGUUUCACUGCCACUUCGAUUCGAUUUAAAUGCCACAAAUAAACAUGGCUGACGUAGAAAAGUUAACCUACAUUUUCCUUGUCUGCCAAGAUGUUUGUUUUUCUUUUUCAUUGGCGCCCCUUUAGUACAGUCCGUGUUUGAGGCGACAAAACGAUCAAAGCCCUUCAAUUGGCGCCCCAAAUCGUCCCCUCGGCCCGCUGUACGUUUUAUUGAUUUUCUUUUGUGUAUCUUGAAAAACUGAUGAAGAAACAAUCCUUUGGUUUGUUGACUGGGCCAAAUUCAAAGUAUGCAACUUCAAAGAGUUACGGGUCGAGCAAUGAGCGCUACGAGAAGUUUCGCGACUCGCCGAAUGGCACCUACCGAUCAGACAGCCCGGAAUCACAAUCACCUAGGGAUAGAGACCGUUCUUAUCAAUCCAAGAGCUACUUGCAGAAAAUGCGCGAAAAGGAGAGAGAGAACAGAGACUACAAGAUGUCGCGGGACAAGUACUCUGACUUGGCCAGGUCGCCGAAAGACAAGCGGACUAGGGAUUCGGACCACAGGACCAAUAGCGAUCGAGGAGGCGACGAUAAGAGCAUUUUGCACCCCUUAAAGGUGGGCCAGUUGUCUUCGAGGGAUCGCAAACCGGUGCAUAACAAUUGCGUGGACAAGAGAGAUGAUCGAGACAGGGUACUGAAAGUAGGCGAUUGGUCGGAACAUGUAGAGCUCGKCGGAGCUCGUCAGGUAGUUCGAUUAGCGGUCAGUUCGAUCGUCGGGUUCGGUUCGAAGCUCAGCUAGAGCACUUGACCAAUGCGCAGGCAUUUAUAUCCGUAGUUCCAAGUUAAACUGCGGUCGCAAAAGCGGCUCGACCGGUCGCCCCGAGAUGUUUUCGGUGUACAUUUUCUUAAUUAAAUUAUUUCCUUUUUAUGUGUCUCCUCAAGUGUAAAACUAUCAUUUUUGUAUAGCUAACCAAGUCGAGGCUAUCUGUGGGCUUGUUCUUCACAGCAUUCGAUUCGUUCUGGUUGAAUUUUCUGGCUUUUUACCCUUUAUUAUACGAUUCUUUUGAA